AUGACCAUUGGUGAUAAGGAAAAAUGGACUGCUACCAACGUUCGUAAUACAUUUCUCAACUAUUUUAAGGAAAGAGGUCACAAGUUUGUACCAUCUUCUUCAGUUAUCCCAUAUGAUGAUCCAACAUUAUUGUUUGCAAAUGCUGGUAUGAACCAAUAUAAACCGAUUUUCUUGGGAACUGUUGAUCCUGCAUCGGACUUCUACACUUUAAAGCGUGCAGUUAAUUCUCAAAAGUGUAUCAGAGCAGGUGGUAAGCAUAAUGAUUUGGAAGAUGUUGGUAGAGAUUCAUAUCAUCAUACUUUUUUUGAAAUGUUGGGUAACUGGUCGUUUGGUGACUAUUUUAAGAAGGAGGCUAUUUUGUACUCUUGGGAGUUGUUGACAAAAGUGUAUGGCAUACCUGAGGACAGGUUGUAUGUGACAUAUUUUGGUGGUGAUGAAGGGUUAGGCCUUGGUCCCGAUUUGGAGGCCCGUGAUUUGUGGUUGGAAGUUGGUGUGAGGCAAGAUCGUAUUUUACCUGGUGACAUUAAAGACAACUUCUGGGAGAUGGGAGACCAAGGUCCAUGUGGGCCAUGUUCCGAAAUUCACUACGACAGAAUUGGUGGAAGAAAUGCCUCAGAUUUGGUUAACCAGGAUGACCCUGAUGUGUUAGAAAUCUGGAACAAUGUGUUUAUGCAAUUCAACAGAGAACAAGACGGAUCAUUGAAACCUUUACCUGCCAAACAUGUCGAUACUGGUAUGGGUUUUGAAAGAUUGGUUUCCGUUCUCCAAGAUGUUAGAUCUAACUACGACACAGAUGUUUUUCAACCUUUGUUUGAGAGAAUUCAAGAAAUUACUGGUGUAAGGCCUUACGAGGGUAAAUUUGGUGCUGAAGACAAGGACGGUAUUGAUACCGCUUACAGGGUUUUGGCAGAUCAUGUCCGUACUUCCACCUUUGCUUUGGCUGAUGGCGGUGUUCCCAACAAUGAAGGUAGAGGGUAUGUUUUAAGACGUAUUUUGAGACGUGGUGCUCGUUACGCCAGAAAAUACAUGAACUACCCAAUUGGUAACUUCUUCUCCCAAUUAGCGCCUACUUUGAUAGAACAAGUUAAGGAUGUUUUCCCUGAAGUUGCAAAAAAUACAUCAUACUUGUUUGAUAUUUUAGAUGAGGAAGAAGCUUCUUUCGCUAAGACGUUGGAUCGUGGUGAGAAACUAUUUGAAAAAUACGCCGAGGCAGCCGCUUUGACCGAAUCUAAGACCCUAGAUGGUAAGCAAGUUUGGAGGCUAUAUGAUACUUACGGUUUCCCAGUUGAUUUAACUGAAUUGAUGGCUGAAGAAAAGGGCUUAAAGAUUGACAGCGUUGGCUUUGAAAAAGCUAAACUUGAAUCUUACGAGGCAUCGAAGAAGGGAGGUAGAAAAGGUGGUGAUGAUAUGAUCAAGCUUAAUGUUCACGAUAUUUCUAAAUUGAAUGAAGAUGCCAUUUCACGUACAGAUGACUCUGCUAAAUACGGUACGAAGGACAUUGAGGGUAAGAUUUUAUGUAUUCACGAUGGUGAGGGUUUUGUUCAGGAAAUGAAUGAAAUCGGUAAGCAAUACGGUAUUAUCCUAGACAAGACAUGUUUCUACGCUGAGCAAGGUGGACAAGAGUAUGACGUUGGUAAAAUUGUUAUUGAUGGUGUAUCUGAAUUUAAUGUUGAAAACGUUCAACUAUAUAAUGGUUACGUUUUCCACACUGGUGUGUUAGCUGACGGCAAGUUAGCCGUCAAUGACAGUGUUAUUGCAUCUUACGAUGAAUUGCGUCGUUAUCCAAUUAGAAAUAACCACACUGGUACACACAUUUUGAACUUUGCUCUACGUGAGGUUCUUGGUGACAACAUUGACCAGAGAGGAUCUUUGGUUAAUCCAGAGAAGUUAAGAUUUGACUUUUCUCACAAAAAACCAUUGUCUUACGAAGAGUUAGCUGAGGUGGAGAAUAUCUGCAACAGAAUGAUUAAAGAUAACUUGAAUGUGUACUAUAAGGAUGUUCCAUUAGAUAUGGCUAAAUCGAUUUACUCAGUCAGAGCCGUGUUUGGUGAGACCUACCCAGAUCCAGUUAGAGUUGUAUCUGUUGGCAUGCCAGUUGAAGAUAUGUUAGAGAAUCCAUCGAAUGAGAAAUGGGCUUCGUACUCUAUUGAAUUCUGUGGUGGUACUCAUGUUGCUAAGACUGGUGACAUCAAGGAGUUUGUUAUCACUGAAGAAAGUGGUAUUGCAAAAGGUAUAAGAAGAAUUGUAGCUGUUUCAAACACUGAGGCUUAUCAAGUUCAAAGGGUGGCCACCGAAUUCGAAGCUGAACUAUCUGCUUGUGAAAAGUUACCUUUCUCUCAAUAUAAGGAAAAGAAGGUAAAGGAGUUGGGUGUUAGACUGUCUGAAUUGGAUAUUUCGGUUAUUACUAAGAACGAGUUGAGGAUGACUUUUAACAAGAUGGAGAAAGCCGUUAAAGACGAAGUCAAGCUUAGAGCUAAGAAGGAAACAAAGCAAACUUUGGACGAAGUGAAGAACCAUUUUGCAGAAAAUGCAGAAUCUGACUUCUUUGUUAAGUUUAUUGACAUUCCAGCUAAUGCUAAGGCCAUUACUGAAGCAAUUCAGUACUUGAAGAACUCUGCAAAAGAUAAAUCUAUUUACCUAAUUACCGGUAAUGACCCAACUGGAAAGGUUGCCCAUGGUUGUUUCAUCUCUAAUGAUGCGAUUUCUAAAGGUCUAGACGGUUCUGCUUUAGCUAGAGCUGUCGCUGGCAAGAUCGGUGGUAAGGCUGGUGGUAAGGAUAAUGUCUUCCAAGGUAUGGGUGAUAAGCCUGCAGGCAUUGAAGCUGCUCUUUCUGAAAUUGAAGCUGCUUUCAAAGAAAAGUUAACGAUUUGA